AUGGCAGCAGGGCUGACGCGGACCAAGGCGGCGGUCAGGGCGCUCGCUGAUGGCUACGUGACGGCGGUCAAAGAGCUGGACAAAGACGCCUCGCUUGUGCAGUCGCAUGCUUAUAUUGGAACCAACGUUGAAGUCCGCAACGCUUUGGGCCAUUGGGUGUUGCCAUGGGCCGACGUCACCGACGACGACCUCGCGCCAUUUGUGACCGCUGACGGCGCGUGCAUCGUGCCCGUAAAUGCUGUCAAUCUCAGAGUCGACGCAAGCGUCUUCGAUGACAUGUCGACCCAACUCGCUGGUCCGUUCGGGUCGUGCGUCUUUAAGCUCUCGCACUUGACGCUCGAUGGCAUCAACACGACCCCGCGCCUCUCGCCGCUCGACACCCGCGAUGCUUCGUGGACGCUGCGCUCGGAAUCACUCGAGCUGCUUCCAGCUCGAUCGGGCGAGAACUGCGCCGCGUGGUACGUCGACUGCAACGUUGAGCUUGCGCCUCUUUCGGCUGGACGCUCUGCGUACCUUGUCUACGCUGUGCAGCACGUCGAUGCGCCGACGCAGCGAACAGCACCCGCCUACCGGGAGGACGUUGUGUCGAUGCUGUCGUCGUUGGCGGCCGUGCCACGCCUGUUGGCAACCUCGUAUGCGUAUCGCUGCGUCUCCAGCACAUGGCCCUACCUCGAUGAGAACCCAGCUUUUAAACCCGCCAUUAUCGACAGCCUGGUAACUGCCGGCACGUUUGACGUCGCGCUCGUUUCGCUGACGGACGCACGACGCGAAGAGCCCUCGGAGGAAGCGCUGGAAGACGUGCGUGACGCCAUCUACCGGCUCAUCCCCGACAUCGAUGACCCACCCACUCCAGAUCCGGAUGGCUACGACCCAACGACCCUCGAAGAUGUCAUCAAGGGCUGCGACGCCGCGGCCGUCGACGCGGGUUAUGUCGACGAGGACGAGCAAUACGAACACGAGGACUUUGGCGUCUAUGCGCGCGACAACUCGUACGUUGACCUCCGCUUGCAGCCGGUACCCGACUUUGUCACCAACUUUGGCACGACGUUCGAGCCGAUUCUGCCGCCGCCACGCACGAUCAUCGAUGUUGAAAUGCAUCCGCAGACGCCGCUGCCAAACGACUUGCCCACGUCGCUGCUCGUCGGGCGCACCGUCGGCAAGUGGGUCGCCACCCAUUCGCUGGACAAUCUCUCGUCUCGGGUGCUUCUCUUUUGGCCCAAGAAACACCGCGUGCGACUUCUCGGUUUUGCUGCGGCGUUCCAGUUGCUUCAAGACGCUUUCCACGCCCCGCACAAGGCGCUGCCACUUGGGUACGCGACCUUGUCCGAGCUGGCGACCGCCGUCAUGGAGAUGCUCGGCGACACGGACGUGCCGAGUCGGCACGUCCUUGCGAUGACAGCGUUUGUCUCAGAGUCUCGCUCAUCGCUGCUCCGGUCGCUCUACGUGACGCACUGCAUUGACGUUUUUGACGACGCGAAGCGCUGCGACGACGUUGCGUGGCUCAAAACGACGUGCGUUGAGUUUGGCUGGGAAGACGUCGGCGCCGCGAUUGUCCAGCUGGUCGACCAGAGCUUGGGCGAUUGGCACAAGAAUCACGCGUUUGCGUACUUCGACUGGGCUGGCCUCGCCGCGACGCUCCGGCUCGUCAUGGAGUUUGUCGACGCAUCAGCGCCACACACGACGCAGCCGUACUUUUCCGAGCUCGUGGUCAUGCUUUGGCACACUGUCGUCGCCAACGUCCGCCUCGUCGUCGUCACCGACUACCUCUUGCCCGGGAAGAUGGAGGUGCUCCAGGCCAAGAUCACACAGGCCCAAGACGAGAACCGUCUCUUCUUCGUGUUGCUUUUCCUGCGCAUCUUUCCCUUCUCGCCGAAUUGGCUUCUCAACAUUGCCAGUCCGUACUUGUGCAUUCCGAUGCACCUCUUUGCUCCCGCGGCGUUUCUCGGGCUCAUGCCGUACAACUUUGUCACGGUCAAGGCGGGCUCGAUGCUGGCGCAGCUCACGAGCGUGCGCGAUAUUUUCGACACGCAGACGCUCCUCGGGUUCCUCGCGCUGGCGUCGGCAAUGCUGAUUCCUGCGAUUGUCAAGAAGUGCGCUGCCGCCAAGAAAGACAACUGA